AUGCUUAAUGGUCGUGAUCGAUCCCACCGGGCCUCCAAGACAUUCAGCACGAGGUCUAUUUCCAUGUUGCUUAACGGUGGUCUGAGUAAAACUAAACGUACUGACUCGGCCGCUUCGCUGAAAAGCGGGAAAACAAGCACGCGACUCAACAGCCAGGGAAGCUUUAGUAGCUUGACCAGUGACUCGACAGUGAGCUCGCUGAACCAUAGCCCGCGCACGCCCUCUGAGCCAGCGUCUUCAUGGAGUUGCUUGCCCGACAACGCGCCAACCUUAUCUUUAGAUUUUGAGACGUCCAGGCACUCUGACCUGGCGCCGGACAUUUUACUCAAGCCGCAGCUCACGUCUACCCGCAAGGUCAUGAAGAGAAACGGCAGCGUCUACAUUUUCCAUGGCGAUGAAUCCAUGAACGAAGCCGAGCUAUUCAAUCCCUUUGAGAAGUACUGGUAA